UGGAGUGAAGAAGUAGGUCGGAAAUGCGCAUGUGCGAAUGUGAGUUUACAAGGACGCAACGAGUUUUUGUUAUUGAACUGAAAAACGCUGAAAAAACGGAACGAAACACGGAUUCUUCUGCAGGCAGAGGUUCGGUAGAAUGGCCUGUCUGAGUCCGGUUCUGUCUGGCAGAACCAGGCUGGUUAGGUACCUUCCCGGGAUCAGUGUGUUGGUUCACAGCAUGGCUGCAAGCAGAUCCAUGUCUGAAGCAGAACCUCGCACUGUAAGAAACUCUGGUCUGGUCACAGUCAGACCAACUGGAUCUGACCAGAACCCUGCCGGUUCGGACCUCUUGGACCAUCACCGUCACCUGUCUGAUCCAGUGGACAUACACUGCCCCCUGCAGGGAGAUGGAGAGCACAACAGGAGAAAUAAGCUCCGGGUUUUCCAGAUCAGUGGAGAUGAUUCCCAGGAGGUUCCUCCAUCUGAACUUUCCUUUUCCGACUCCAGGGUGGAGUGUGCCGUACUCUCCUGCCCUGAAUUAUUAAGGAAAGAUUUCCUUUCUAUGUUUCCUGAGGCUCCUUCCUCUGACAUGAUGAUCAUCACGGUGACCCAGAAGACCCAGAACGAUAUGACUUCGUGGAGCACAGAUGUGGAGCAGGAGAGGGAGCAGAUGCUGGAGAAGUUUGUUCAUGGAGCGAAGGAGAUCUGCCUGGCUCUGCAGCUAGAAGGGUACUGGGCUGACUUCAUCGACCCUUCUUCUGGCUUGGCGUUUUUUGGCUCCUACACCAACAACACGCUGUUUGAAACGGAUGAGAGAUACUCUCAGCUGGGCUUCCACAUCGAGGACCUGGGCUGCUGCAGAGUGAUCCGACAUUCCCUCUGGGGAACGCAUGUCUUUGUUGGGACAAUUUUCACCAGCACACCAUCUAGAUCCUUCAUUCUAGAGAAGCUGCAGAGCAUCUAAACACCCAGUAAAAAAAAAAAAAAACUUGAUUUGUUUAUUCCUGCACCAUUUUAAGGUGUUGGCAUUUAUUUCUUUGAGAGUAUGGAGGUCAGAAAGUGCUAUAAUUCAAAAAAUAAACAUAUAUUUACUUAAA